CAAAUCCAUAAACGUGUUUCGGUGAUCGUACGCUGUACGUUGUACUCCUGUCGUCUUCUACGAUAAACCCAAAGCGAUGAUAAAUCUUGUCCUAAUUUCUGUACUACAACAGUUUUUCCAGACGGUUAGUACCAAAACCAAAUUUUCCAUAUAUAUUCUCCAAAUCUAACCCCGUCAAAAGAUGCUCCCAGUUUUCCAUGGCCAGACCCCAUAUAAUCCUCGCCCUUAUUCUCCUCUUCUUAGUCGUCUCCGCCACGGCGCACGGCGGCGCUCACGACGGCGAUGAUGAUUCUGCAGACUCCGGGUCCGACCCAUCUUCAGAAAAACCCAAUCUUAGAGCGCGUUCACUGAUUCUGGUGAAGAUAUGGUGCUUGAUUCUAGUGUUUGUUGGGACUUUUGCUGGGGGGAUGUCGCCGUAUUUCUUCAAGUGGAAUGAGGCGUUUAUAGUGCUGGGGACGCAGUUCGCCGGUGGGGUUUUCCUGGGGACUGCCUUGAUGCAUUUCUUGAGCGAUUCUAAUGAGACUUUUGAGGAUCUGACUCAUAAAGAAUACCCUUUUGCAUUCAUGCUGGCGAGUGCUGGAUACUUGUUGACCAUGUUGGCUGAUUGCUUCAUUUUCUAUAUAUAUGGGAAGCAGCAGGGUAAUGACGGUUCUUCUUCAACCGGUGGUGCUGAUCAUCUUCAUCAUCAUCAAGGGGUUGCUCACAGUGGAAAAGGAAGUGGCAACGGGGGAGCUUCUCAACCUGAGGUUCAGGUCCAUGGCCCUUCAGAUCACCACUUCAGUAAGGCACCACUUGUAACUGCUGCUUCUCUUGGGGAUAGCAUCUUGUUGAUCGUUGCCUUGUGUUUCCAUUCCGUGUUUGAGGGCAUCGCUAUUGGAGUUGCAGAGACCAAAGCUGAUGCUUGGAAAGCUCUUUGGACCGUAUGUCUGCACAAGAUCUUUGCAGCGAUUGCAAUGGGAAUAGCUCUCCUCAGGAUGAUCCCAAACCGCCCUCUCUUAUCUUGUGCUGCCUAUGCUUUUGCAUUUGCAAUUUCCAGCCCUAUAGGUGUUGCCAUUGGAAUUAUAAUAGAUGCUACAACCGAAGGUGCUGUUGCAGACUGGACAUAUGCGAUAUCCAUGGGUCUUGCUUGUGGGGUGUUCAUAUAUGUGUCCAUCAACCAUCUGCUCUCCAAGGGUUACAAUCCUCAGGAAGUAGACAUGCCUUAUCACAAAUUUUUUGCCGUCUUAUUAGGUGUUGGAGUCAUCGCUGUUGUGAUGAUUUGGGACACUUGAGCUCAUAUUGAGUCUGCUGUGUGUUUGUUUUGGGGUUGGGGGGGGGGGGGGGGUACGUCAGAGUAUAUUGCAGAUAGAGUUUAAUUUCUUAUAAAGAAAAUCACGUCUAGCUUUUGUCGAGUGAUUAAGCAAAUUUUAGACUGGUUUUGAUAGCUCAUAGAACAAAAUUUAAAGGCGCCCUCUUUUUCUAUUUUUUUAAGGGGCAUCCAUACCGGCAGUAGUGUAUAUCAUCUGCAUGCCUGAGAUUUGCAGAGAGAAUAAAAUUUGCGUCUGAGCAGCUGCAGAACUAA